UCACAAUAUUUAUUGAACAUUUUGUAUCUUAAUUACUCUUACAAUUUCUUAGGGAGACAAUAUGGUGUUUAUACAUGUGAGUUUGAUUUAUUUCACUUAUGAGUAUGGUCUUAAGUUGCAUCCACUUACCUGUAAAAGCCUCAAUGUGAUCCUUCUUUACAGGUGAGUAGAACUCCAUUAUAUAAAAGUACCACAUCUUUCUUAUCAAAUAUUUCUUACUUAGCAGAUAUAUUUCUACCUUUCCUCACAUAAGUAGUGAAGAACUUAAAAGGGGCAGAUAGAAAUAUGUUUCAAAGAAAAGUUUAAAGAUUGAGGCUGAGACAGGAGGGUUGCAAGUUUGAGGCUAGCCUGAGCAACUUAGCAACUUGGCAAGAACUUAUCCCAGAAAAUAAAAGGUACUGGGAUGUAGUUCAGUGCAAAGUGUGUUCAAUCCCAGUACUGAAAAAGCUACAGAGGCUGAUUAGUCCUAAUCCAAAAAUAUAAAAUCUGAAAAACUAAUAUUCAGAAUUUGUGAGGACCAGCAUGAUGGAUGAAAGAGUUGGUGGUAGUCUGGGCAUAUAUUCCAAAAUCUGAGAAACUUCAAAAUCUGACGCUUUGGGCAUUUUGAGUAAGGGAUACUCAAACUGCAUUCCACAGAAUGUACUUGUCCCCAUUUCCAACCCAAUAUUCCAAGAUUAGGAAAAUAAAAUGUGUUACAGUAGACCAGCCUAUGGGGAACUAUGAAUAAAUCUAGUCUUGAAGUGUUUGCAUUGAUUUUACCCUUUCAUUUCUUUCCAUACUCCUGUUUGAAGCAGGAUCAUGUUACUGAAAUUCCAGAAUUGGCUUAGAUUAAUGAAGCUUCAUUGCUUAAGACUGCAUAUCCAAAGAUGACUUACAAAUUAGGACAGCCAAGUUAUUUUUGGUCCUGUCUUCCAAUAUUGUGUUCACACACAAUUAUUAGAUAUUCCAGUAUUUUUCUCCAUAAUUGAUCAUAACAAACAGAAUACACUAGUUUGAUACUUUAAAGACAGGGUCAUCGGAAGAUGAGGGGACAAGGUUCUUUGUAAAGUUCCCCUCGGUUUGUGUUAUUAAAUUUGGAACUCAUCUGGUACCUUCUGAUUUUCUUUGUACUGUAUAUGUAAGCCAGAUAACUAUGGAUAAUUCACAUCGUUGUUCAUCAUGAGCAAUCGAAUUGUUUUAAGAAAACCCCUUUCUUCUAAAACCAGUAUUGAUGAUUUCAUCACCCUCAUACAAUAUUUACCCUAGCUGAUUUGCUUAUGACCACCCACGAUGACUUAUCAAGAGUGAGACAUGUAGAUAGGCAGAUAAUACCUGCCUGACCUCUAGGAAAUAACAAUGAUUUUCCCUUCUCUCCACGUUUAUCCCAAACACGUAAUGUUCAGUUUCUUUACCAUACUGAUGAACAUUUCCUUGGCGCUCACCCAGCUCUCUCUAGAGUGUUCAGUGGUGUCAUUUACAGCAUAUUGAAAAAUGAAAACGAUGUCUUGGGGGUGGGCAUCAUGUAGGUCUGAAAGGGAAAAUACAUUCCCUGGCUGGGAAUUUCUUAAACAUUUAGAACUGGUGAAAUAGUUGCAUAGACGUUGGGGAAUUUCCCCACUCCUCCCCGCCUGGCCAAGUCCGCAGCCCAGCUCAGCUGAGAGCCCCUGAGCCUGCAGGCUCCGGGAUUUACCUCUUCAGCCGCUGGGAGGCCCUCUGCGUUCCCCUUUCCCGGGCCUGGCUGCGAUUACUCACUCGAGCAGUGGCACCAGCCUUCCACCAGGGAGCCUCGAGCGAGCUCUCCCGCCCUCCCCGCCCCCCCCCCCCCCCAUCUGCAGCUCGCUGGCUCUCUUUCUCCCUCUCUGUCUCACUCUCUCUCUUUCUCUCCCUCUCCUAUCGGAGCACAAUGAAAGCCUGUGUAUCGCCGUGACUCCGGGCGGGAGCCAGUGUCAGCAAGCCGCAACAGAGGAGAAAGAGAAAGGAAAAUACAAGCUACUUUUUUUUUCAUCUGUAAAGCGGAGCAAUACAAGCCAUAGAAUCACGUUGCUUAUUGCGAGUCCAGACCCUGAGAUCCACUGGCCGGGGAUGGAAUGUACAAAAGUGGACAGGAAAGUGGCUGGACAUGACUCGGUGCAAUUUGCUGGAAGUUUGUAAGUUUGACCAUCGUUUGUAAAUUACUCUCGGAAGAGUUUGUCUCGCUUGAUACUGUAUUAGAAAAGAGCCAGGGGGUGAGGAAUAGAAACGUAAGCGGGAAAGAAAAAAAUGUGCUGGAGGAUCUCUCUCAGAGCCUAGCCACUCAGAUUGCUUUCCUAAGGCUAGGAAACCUUAGAGAGAAUGAGGAUUUUACCGGUGAUUGGAUUAGCUGAAGGAAAAAGCAUGGUCCCAAAGUCCAGUUACUGACAUUGUUAACGAUUGAAAAGCUGUCUCCUCUUGGGGAAGACAACAUCCUACAGUACCCCCAGGAGGAGAAAACACCGGAGCAAAAGGAAAGGGAAAAAAAUCAACAGCCAAAAGACAGUCACCCUUGAUUUUUGUACAGUUCGAAUAUUGACUCCAAAACGUUUUGGAACAGCACUGAGUUUUUUGUUUUGUUUUGUUUUAUGGGUUGUUUUGUUUUGUUUUUAACCUGAGAGAAACUAAAGGCUGCUGGUUAUAUAGAUCGUGGUAGAAAUGCUUCUCUACAGAAAUAUCCCCACAAAGAAUCUUCUGAAAUAAUUAGGUGAGGGGGAGUCCAGCGCUCUGUUAAUACCUCUCUCAAUUCCUUUUGCCGUGUAUUUCUGCCUCUUGCUUGGCAAUCCCUGAAUUCUUGAACUAACCCCCAGAUCAUGUGUUUACAAAGUGCCUAGUGGCUCUUAGCUUGUUGGGGGAAAAAAAAUCCACCAACUCUAUCCAACUUCUCCAGAGCUGUCAAAUGCAAUUAGACUAAGUUGAUCAGGGUUUGUUUCCAACUUAUCCUCUCCAAUUGGUGUCUAUUCUUUCUCCCCACCCUUUACUUUACUAACUCCCCUCCCCCACACCUUCAGCACUGCUCCCCUCAACCUCUGAAGACCUCUAUUCAUGUGUCCCUGAACACCGAGUUCAGAUUUGCCUGCCAUAGCCAGCAGUAGCCUCUCUCCAACUCAUCCCAGAGGCAGCAAUCAUCCUGUCCAGUAGGAUGGGGGACACAGCGCCCCCGCAGGCCUCUGCAGGAGGUCUGGGGGGGGCCUCUGGGGCGGGGCUCCUUGGAGGGGGCUCAGUCACCCCUAGAGUGCACAGUGCUAUCGUGGAGCGCCUGAGGGCUCGGAUUGCCGUCUGCCGCCAGCACCACCUGAGCUGCGAAGGACGCUAUGAACGUGGUAGGGCCGAGAGCUCAGACCGUGAAAGGGAGAGCACCUUGCAGCUCCUGAGCCUUGUACAGCACGGCCAGGGGGCAAGGAAAGCUGGCAAGCACACCAAGGCCACCAGCACUGCUCCCACCACCACCGCCCCUCCACCGCCGCCUGCCGCCCCUGCCUCGGUCUCCCAAGCAGCAGCAACAGCAGCCCCACCGCCCCCACCAGACUAUCAUCACCACCACCACCAGCAGCAUCUGCUGAGCAGUAGCAAUAAUGGUGGCAGUGGUGGGAUAAAUGGAGAGCAGCAGCAGCCAACCUCAACUCCAGGAGACCAGAGGAACUCAGCCCUGAUUGCGCUCCAGGGUUCCUUGAAAAGAAAACAGGGAGUCAACCUAUCUCCUGCCAAUAGCAAGAGGCCCAACGGCUUUGUUGACAACUCAUUCCUGGACAUCAAAAGAAUCCGUGUUGGGGAGAAUCUCUGCACAGGACAAGGUGGUCUCCAAGUAAAUAAUGGACAAAGUCAAAUUAUGCCAGGAGCUUUGCCUCUCAACCAGGCACCUCUGAGAAAGACUAACACGUUGCCACCACAUGCAAAUUCUCCUGGCAAUGGCAUGUUUAACAUGGGCUUAAAGGAGGUAAAGAAGGAGCCAGGAGAGACUCUGUCUUGUAGUAAGCACAUGGAUAGCCAAAUGACCCAAGAGAAUAUUUUUACCAAUAGGUUUGGAGAUGACCCUGGAGAGCAGCUGAUGGAUCCUGAGCUACAGGAACUAUUCAAUGAACUGACCAACAUAUCUGUGCCUCCCAUGAGUGACCUUGAGCUGGAGAACAUGAUCAAUGCCACCAUAAAGCAGGACGACCCAUUUAACAUCGACUUGGGUCAACAAAGCCAGAGAAGUACUCCCAGACCCUCUUUGCCCAUGGAGAAGAUAGUGAUCAAAAGUGAAUAUUCACCUGGGCUGACUCAGGGUCCCUCGGGCUCUCCUCAGUUGAGGCCCCCAUCAGCUGGUCCUGCAUUUUCCAUGGCCAACUCUACCCUCUCCAGUUCAUCACCAAUUCCAACAGUUCCCCAGAAUCAGGCUCAGCCUCAAACAGCAUCAGGAGCAAACCGGGCUCUCCCAAACUGGCAGGAAGUAUCCCAUGCCCAGCAGCUCAAACAGAUAGCUGCCAAUCGUCAACAGCAUGCCCGGAUGCAGCAGCAACAACAGCAGCAUCAAACUGUCAACUGGUCACCCUUGCCUUCUGCUGGACCAUCGCCAGGUUCAUUUGGGCAGGAGAAAAUCCCUAGUCCUUCUUUUGGUCAGCAGCCAUUCAGCCCACAGGGUUCCCCCAUGCCAGGGGUAGCAGGCAGCAGUAACCAGUCAAAAGUAAUGGCUAACUACAUGUACAAGGCCAACCCCUCAGCCCAGGGUGGGCACUUAGAUGUGCUCAUGCAGCAAAAGCCUCAGGAUCUCAGUCGAAGUUUUAACAAACCACAUCCGGCCCUGGAACCUUGUCAUGGCAACACCAAGCCUUUAUUCCAUUUUAACUCGGAUCAAGCAAACCAGCAGUUGCCUUCUGCUUUACCUUCCCAGAGUAAGCCUUCUCUCCUGCACUACACCCAGCAGCAGCAGCAACAGCAGCAGCAGCAACAACAGCAGCAGCAGCAGCAACAGCAGCAGCAGCAGCAACAGCAGCAGCCGAGUUCUAUUUCGGCUCAGCAACAUCAGCAGCAGCAGCAGCAGCAGCAGCAGCAGCAGCAGCAGCAGCAGCAGCAGCAACAGCAACAGCAGCAACCAUCAUCCCAGCCAACCCAACCUGUAUCAACCCAGCCUUUGCUAAGGUCACCGUUGCCUCUUCAACAAAAGAUCCUGCUUCAGAAAAUACAGAAUCAGUCUAUCACAGGCCUGGGAUAUCAAGCCUCCCAACAGCACAGACAGGAUCAACACUCUGUGGUAGGCCAGAACACAGGCUCCAAUCUGAGUCCCAGCCCCUGCUCAAAUGCAAAUGCUGUGAGUGGUUACAUGAACUCCCAGCAGUCACUGCUGAAUCAGCAAUUGAUGGGAAAGAAGCAGACGCUACAGAGGCAGAUCCUGGACCAGAAACAGCAGCUUCUCCUCCAGCAGCAGAUUCUGGCUGAUGCGGAGAAAAUUGCUCCACAAGAUCAGAUAAAUUCACAUUUGACAAGGCCACCCCCAGAUUACAAAGACCAAAGAAGAAAUGUGGGAAAUCUGCAACCAACUGCCCAGUAUUCUGGUGGCACGUCUACAAUGAGUUUACACUCUAACCAGGCUUUAACAAACCCAGUUUCAACACACACCAUUUUAACUCCAAAUUCCAGCCUGUUAUCUACGUCCCAUGGGACAAGAAUGCCAUCAUUGUCCACAGCAGUUCAAAACAUGGGGAUGUAUGGAAAUCUGCCAUGUAAUCAGCCUGGCACAUACAGCAUCGCUUCUGGAAUAAAUCAACUCACCCAGCAGAGGAAUCCAAAUCAACUGAUAACAAAUCAAAACAAUCCUUUGAUGCCACGGCCGUCUACCUUAGGGCCAAGUAACAGUAACAAUGUGGCCACUUUUGGAACUGGAUCUGUUGGUAAUUCACAACAAUUGAGACCAAACUUAACCCAUAGUAUGGCAAGCAUGCCAGCCCAGAGAACAUCGAAUGUAGUGAUCACAUCCAACACAGCAGCAGCAAACUGGGCCUCUCAAGAAGCAGCAACCAAACAGCAGGAAGCGCUGAAGCCCACGGGGGUCCACUUCCCCACAGGCACCCCUGCGGCCUACACUGCAAACCAGUCACUGCAACAGGCAGUAGGUGGCCAGCAGUUUACCCAGAGGGCAGUGGCUCCUCCGAGUCAGUUAACACCAGCUGUACAGAUGAGACCCAUGAAUCAGAUGAACCAAACACUAAAUGGACAAACCAUGGGUCCCCUCAGGGGUUUGAAUCUCAGACCCAAUCAACUAACCACACAAAUUUUGUCUAAUUUGAACCAGUCAGGAACUGGGUUGAAUCAGACAAGGACAGCCAUAAGCCAGCAACCAUCCCUGACACCCAACAAUUUUCCUUCAUCCAACCAAAGUGCCAGGCCUUUCCAAGGAAGUGACCAUGGCAGUGAUUUAGGUUUUGACUUCCUGAGCCAACAGACUGACAACAUGGGGCCUGCCCUAAACAGUGAUGCUGAUUUCAUUGAUUCUUUAUUAAAAACAGAGCCUGGCAAUGAUGACUGGAUGAAAGAUAUAAAUCUUGAUGAAAUUUUGGGAAAUAACUCUUGAAAGCAGAAGGGGAGACAAUUCACAAAUGCCGAGCACUAAAAGGCAGUAUUUUAUAAGGACGUUAUAAAGGCCAAACUGAUGAUUUCCAGGCAGAGUACAGAAAGAUAUCAUGGGUUGAAGUGAAAAGCAGAAAGAACUUCAGUGGUGACUAUUUUGACUCAAAUUCUUGUUUAAAAAUCUCAAAUCUUAAAAUAAAAUAUUUAUCACUUGUCCCUGUAUAAGCCCCGGGACAUAUUACCCAAACAGAACUGUGAUGUUGGUGUGUCUUUAAUUGUAUAAAAUAGGCUUCCUGCACUCUGUUUUCUCUGAGAGAACUUGUAGCGUGUUUAAACCCCGCAUAAUGAGGUGGUAUUAGUUCUAAGCAACAACAACAAAAUUCCUUAAUUUGCUUUCAUAGAUAUGUGUGAUUUAAUUUUUCAACUGUAUUUUCAUUUAAUUUUCCUAAAGCUUAUGAGAUAGAUGGAAAUAUUAUAGGCUUGUUUGAAGUAACUAAACAGUGUCCUUUGUAAGGGGGAGUCAGAGUGGAUUAGGGAGGAUUACAGGUCUCCCCUCUAGACUCAGUAUUGAUUUUUGCAGUUUGUCCACACAUUCUGUACUUCAGUGGGAUGCUGGGUCUAGGGAUGAAGUAAGGAUGCAGAAAUGUGCAUCUUGAUUUUGGCUUCCACAACCAAUUUCCAAACCUGUUCCCAAGCAAGUUUUCAAUAUAUCCUAGACCUGUCCUAAUCGUUCUGAAAUACUGAUACACACUGGUCUGUAUCUGAAUUUACCUAAAAAUUAAAAAAAACCUUGGACAUUGCUCUGAAGGAGAUUUAUUUGGCCAUGAAUAACUUGAAGUAUUACUUCUUUUGAUUGUUGGCCACUGUCCCAAAUUGAAUGAAAUUGAAAUUUGUCCUCCCUGUUUUGAUAACCAGAGACUGAUUUGUAAGAAAUUUGAAGACUAAAACUUAAAUUAAAAAGUAUUAUACUUUGAUUGGAGAUAAGAAACAACAGUGAGUACAAAUCUAUAGAGUAUAGAAGAAAGCAUCAUUGAGAGAGAAAUCCAGUCCUUCUCUGGAUUAUUAUUUGGAUUUGAGUGAACUGCUAAAUAGAACGUGGUUCACCGGUAGCAGUCUAUUCAUUCUUUCGUCUGUAAUGUUAUGAGUCCUUGUCACAUCAAGGAGUGUUCAUAUCCCGGCUUCUCUCUCAGGGCCGUGUGCUCAUCAAAGAAAGAGUUUUCAAGCCAUUUAUGCUUAGUACUCACAGAUGAGCUAUUAAAUAGGGAGAUCUUGCAGAUGUAGGAUGAUUGCAAAAAUCACUAACAUUUUCCUAUUUUGGGAGACCAAAGGUUAUCUUUAACUUUUUAAUUGGACACACACACAUUCAAAUGUCAAAUAUAAUUCAAUCAAAAUUAUGUUAAUAAGUCUUUUAAAAGUCUAACUGUUCAAUAAGACACAUGCUGAAAGUUUUGCAAAGCCCUCUCCCAAUCUCUACAAUGUGUUGAGGCAAUCUCUUUUCUUUACACAAUACCAACAUCACUGGCCCAGAAUCUUUACUGUGCUAAUUUGUAAAUAUAAAUAAAUCACUCAUUUUGUAAACUUUUGUAAAGAAUAUUUUGGUAGAAAUACUUAAAGCAUAUUCUUUGGGCUAUAUUUAUACAUAUGUGAAAUAAAUAUAAUAUCAAAAGGUUAUAUUUUAUACAAAAAGUAAAUUGUUACCUUUUGUAUGCUAAUAUGCAAAGUUUUGUAUAAUGAUGGUUUAUUUUUAGCUCCACACUUAAAUCAUAGGUGGUCUAGUGGUAACCUUUGAAAACUGCAAGAAGCUUGUUACAAAUUUAUAUUCUGAAACCUCAGUAAGAAAGCAUUUCAGGUUUCAUAUCUCUCCUUUUUUUUCUGCUCCCAAAUUCUUUAUUAAACUCAUAGGUCAUCUGUCUUAUUUGAUUAUUCUGCUGUGCACAUUGUAUUAAUCCUUGUUGCAUGUGGUCUACUGUGUGUUUUCCCAUUUUAUAAAACAGUGUUUCUCCAUGCAAAAAAAGAGGAAAAACAAUGUACAUAUAAACAAUUUAUUUUAUGCCUCCUCCAUGUUACUGUAUAUAUCUGCCAGCACUCCUAGUUACACUCCUGUUAUGCAACUUAUUUUUAUCCUAACAUAAAUAGUCUGUUUUGUAGUAGCUAUCAGAUUUAAGAGAUGAAGCAAUCAGAAUGUUUGGAUUUUCUUCUAUCUUAAUGUGAAUUUCAUAGGUAACGUCUAUUUAUUCAGCUAUUCAUUAAAAUACAGGAUUCUUUGGAAAAAAAUGGUGUAAUCUAUAGUUUCUGUUUAUGUGGCAGCCUAUUACCAAAGAUGAUGUAAUUUUCCUGAAAGCUGAUAUAAUGGCAAUUAGAUAGACAUAUUUAGCCUGAAACUUAUAAUUUACAAUUUAAACCUAUUGGAAUACAAUCUCCCAUUUAUAGAAAUACCAGACUACUUAAUUUUGAUAUUGUUUAUCAUCUUGACAUGUUACGCAGGAGGUAAAAGUAUUUUUUUGUUUCUUUUUUUUAAUUCAAAGGCUAGCAGGCAAUUUGAGCAAAAAGUUCAUUCUGGGCUUGUGUUAAGCCCAAACAACUCUGCUUUAAGUAAACGCACUAUAUAACCUGCAUUAUUGCAAUUGUAUCCAUAAGUGUAAAGAUUUCAAUCUGUAAAACAAUAUUUUGUAUUGUAUGUAAUUCCAUGUGUAAAAAAAUAGUUUAAAAAUUCCUAAGUGGUUUUCUUGUAUGAAAUCAUACCUACGGUCACAAACAAUAUGUUAACACUGUAUCACAGAAAACUCUGAAAACUAUUAGUAGUACUGAGUACCCCAAAACAAAUUUUUCUAAAAGAAUCUUCUAUUUCUGGCAAAAUACUGACUUGGAUAACCAUGUUUUUCAGAUUAGUUAGCAAGUUUGGUAUUAAAAUUUUAUUCAUACCGCACCUACUAAAUACUGGAGAGACAUUGCUGAAUUCUCAUGUAUUUACCUGGCUUGUGUGUGGCAUUUGUCAGACCAGGCUGAGUAAGCACAGGGCUUAGCAAUAUCCCUACUAAGCACAUUCAUACAGCCCAUUUUAGAAAUUAAGGAGCAGAAGAGAAAGAUGGGCUUUUAUCAGAAGCGAGAGGAAUCAUCCCAAAUUUUCCUGUCUCACUGUCUAAAUAUGUUGCUGUAAUUUUAUUAUCCCUGCCCCCUCUUUAAAAAAAAACAGUAUAUGAAAUCAUCUUUUUUACCACUAUUAGUAGAACUAGUACAGUUGAUAUUUUACAUUAUCCUUGUCCCAAAGAACCUAUAUGGUGGGCCAAUAAGGAAAUCACCAUUAAUAAAAAUAAUACAAACAAAGAGAAAGAGAUUUUCAGUUCCAAACUAUCUAUGGACUCAGUAUGUGGUCAUGAGAGGAGAUCUGAGAGGAAAUAGGAGGAUAAAAUUGAAAUGUAAACAUAUUUGCAUAAAUACAAAAUUGAAAUGUCAACAAAUUAAGUAUCUCACCUGUUUCUAGAAACCACAAGUUGAAAACUUAAUUAAGUUGUUUACAUUUCAAUUUGGUAUUUAUGCAAAUAUGUUUCAUCAUCAAAAAGAUUGAUUUGGGUCUAAAACAUAUCCACAAUCCUUUCUAACUGCAGAACUCUGUGGUUAAUUUUUUCCAAAAUUAAGUAAAAAAUUGACUGAAAACACUCAAUAGCAUCAUUUUUAAGAUAAAGAAAUCAUUGAUCCUUUAAAAUUUAGAAAAUUUUCAGAUUGUUAGUGUUUUUGCAUUAAGCAUCAUGUCCUGUACAAUUAAACCAUAAGCAAUAUUUUGUCAUAAUCACACAAGGACUGAACCGUAGACAAGCAAUAUACAUGUAGAUGCCCACUGACUUCAAAUCAAGCCCUGAAGAUCAACAAGUGGGAAGUGAUGCUAAAUGCUCAUUUUCUUGUGAGAAUAGAAUCCUAUAAAUAGAAUAUUUGCCUAUUAGGGAGGAGAAAAGCAUUACAUUAAGUGGUAAGUUUCAUUGGAUAUUUAUUAAUGAAAUUUCAUGAGUCGUUCUCAGCUGUGAAACAUCAUUAAAAUAUACUUCCUAUUUUCCUGAAAUACACUUAGUGCUCUAAGAUCAAUUUUAUUGGCAGCAGUUAGCAUAGCUGAAACUUUAUUCUAUGAGAAUUAAGGAAAAAUUGACCUUAGAUUUAUUGACACAGAUUGAUGACUUUCAUUUUAGCAGAUUUGUAGAUGCACGUAACAUACUUAGAUAGUUAAAAUUUGAAACUAAAUGGUUUAAUAUGAGACCUGAACACAAUAAUAUUAACAGAGAACGUCGUUUAUUUACCUAAAUAACAUUUUAAAUUUUAUUUUACCAAAUUAUGUGCUUCUUAGCUCCAGGAUAUGCAGGAAUAUACUGAAGCUUUUUAAAUAAUUGUUAGUAUUCUUUCAGUAAAAGAAAAGAAAAAAGAAAGGCAGCAAAAAAAGAAUACCAUACUAUAUAAAUAUAUGGAAUCCUCUUACACGAUUAUUUCAAUAAAAGGAGAAGGGAAAAAAGAAGGAAGGGACAUACACAUACCUCAAAUAGGCUUAAAGAAAGGAAUUCACUGGAUCAUACAACUGAAACUUCUGGGAGGUUGUUCUGAAUUAGACACGGCUAAACUCAGUAGCUCAUCAAACACUGGGUCUCAUGUGCCUCUCGCCUGUGCUCCCCUACAAACUGGCUUCAUGCUUAGGGUGUGUUUCUCUCAUGGUGACAGUGAUUGCUAGAAGCUCCACACUUACCGUCUUCACCACUCCAAGUCCAGCGGGAACAACCGUGAAUGCUUUCUCUUUUGCUUCUCGCUGACUGAUUAGUACAUGUGCCUCUCCAUGAACAGUGAUAUUGAUCAGGCCCAAGCCAAUGGCUAUUCCUUAGGAAGUGAUACUAACCAAGCCAUGUGAACUGAGUAAGGGAACCAGGUGACUCACAAAAGUAAAUUCAAUUGUUUCUGUCAUUAAAAAAAUCAAUAAAUGUGAAACAAAAUCACAA